AUGGGUUGCAUCAAUUCCAAGAAUGCUGUGUCUGGGGACUCAUCACCUUAUUUAUCACCUGUUGAUCAUGUGAUUUUGGAACCUCUUCCUCCACCAGCAGUUUCAGUUGCAGGAUCAAGGGGCCAUUCUCAUGUGGCAGGAUCGUCAUUAGCAGAUGAGAAGAAGAAAUUGAAGAAGAACGCCUCCAAGAAGAGCAAUGGCUCCUUUAGCAUCAGGCUUGGAUUCUCCAAGAGGCAUGUUGAUGCUGAACACAAUGCUGCUGGUUGGCCAAGUUGGCUCACAGUUACUGCUGGUGAAGCUGUUCAUGGAUGGCUCCCUCUUAGAGCUGAUUCUUUUCAGAAGUUAGAUAAGAUUGGACAAGGUACUUAUAGCAGCGUGUUCAGAGCACGUGAAGUUGAAACAGGAAGGAUGUUUGCUCUGAAGAAGGUGCGCUUUGACAAUUUACAACCUGAGAGCAUUAGAUUCAUGGCAAGAGAAAUAUCGAUCCUUCGCAGGCUAGACCACCCAAACAUCAUGAAAUUGGAGGGCAUAAUCACUUCUAAGCAAUCUAGUAGCAUAUACCUUGUUUUUGAAUACAUGGAGCAUGAUCUUGCUGGCUUAGUAUCGCGUCCUGAUAUUCUCUUCACUGACUCUCAGAUAAAGUGUUACCUGCGACAGCUAUUAAGUGGAAUUGAGCACUGUCAUAUCCGUGGUAUCAUGCAUCGUGACAUUAAAGUAUCAAAUAUCUUAUUGAACAAUGAAGGUAUUCUCAAGAUAGGAGAUUUUGGAUUAGCAAAUACAAUUAGUCCAAAUAACAAGCAUCAGUUAACCAGUCGUGUAGUAACUCUAUGGUAUCGCCCUCCUGAGCUCUUGAUGGGAUCAACCAAUUAUGGAGUAUCGGUUGAUUUGUGGAGUGUUGGUUGUGUAUUUGCCGAACUUUUUCUAGGAAAACCAAUCCUUAAGGGAAGAACUGAGGUUGAACAACUACACAAAAUUUUUAAGCUGUGUGGAUCUCCGCCGGACGAUUUCUGGAAAAAGUAUAAGCUUCCUCAUGCAACAGUAUUUAAGCCUCAAACUACCUACGAAAGCUCUUUGCGUGAGAGGUGUGCCGAGUUUCCAGAAACUGCUGUUGAUCUACUUGAGACUUUAUUAUCCAUUGACCCCGCCAAUCGUGGAACCGCCUCCUCUGCCCUGAUGUCUGAGUAUUUCAACACCAAACCUUAUGCUUGCAAUCCAUCAAACUUGCCAAAGUAUUCGCCUAGCAAAGAACUGGAUGCUAAAAGUCGGGAAGAUAUGUCGAGGAAAAGGACCGAUGAUAAAAUGCAAAUGCGAGAUGCUGCAACAUCGAGAAGGCAACCAAGACGAGUCAAGAAAUAUUUGCGAGAACCAAUUGAUCAUACUCAAUCAGUUUCCAAAGAGAAUGGUCCUCAUAAUGUUCGUAGAAGCGACGGUAGAUCACAUGUUCAAAAGGGAAUAGGAGCACACAAAGACUAUCUACAACCCGAAAUGGAUGCAGUCUCGGACCUUUCGCAGAUGGUGAAUAUUGCAGAUGGUAAUGGCUUUACUGUACCGGCACAAGGCGGCUAUGACUGGGUGAAAAGGAGAAAGCAAGAUGCUUCAUCUACACUAUCAGAUGGCUCAAGAAGCAAAAUUAGUGCAUUGGAUCCAAACUUUGCUAAAGGAACUUAUGAUUUAAACAGACAAAGGAUGACUGCUUUGGACAAGAGAUAUAAUGACAAGCAAGGUUACCAUGAAGAGACUCGCGUAACCAUGGAUUUUGAUCCUUCCGAACUAUUGAAUCAUCAGGGAAAUACAGAUCAUGGUUCGCAAGUGAGUGACAUGCGGCGCGAAGUUCGAAAAUCAAGGUUUGGAAGAGAGAUAUGAAGCAAGGACUUGUAGGAGUGGGAGUUAAUCUUCUCUAAAUAUACAAGGAUGCUUGACUAAGCAAUCUAGCCAAUGCUGGAACAUUGUCAAUGGCAUCUGAACCAUUCUAACUACUGCUGGCAUGAGACCCUCUUCUUCUACUCCUCCUUUAAUGUCAGGAGUCUUCACUUUAACUCCUUCUAUCAUAAGCAUCUCAACAUGGAAAUAUAGAAAAUUAUAUCCAUAUAUAUACACACACACACAUGUAAGGUGCCAACAUGAAAGAUGGUAUGAUUAAAGAAUGGUUAUUUUUCUGGUGGAGUUGCA